AUGGCGUUUUCGAGAAUGUUAGGCAGAUUCUCUUCUCGGAUAAAGCCUCUAUGCCAAAACCUCAGCAACAAGAACGCCAAUGUUUCAUCAUCACUACCCUCUUCAGUCAAAUCUGCAUCACCGUCCUCAUCUACUAGUCGUAGUCUCAAUCGAUCUUCAAGAUUACCAGUGGAGUUGAGUUCGAUGAUACCUCUACACAAUGCUAUAGCAUCGUCGAGGCUAGUAUCAAGUUUGUCCAUUGAAUCCAAGAGCUGGGGAUUAGUUCCUCAAGAUUACGUAAUAUGUAUCUGA